AUGUCAACCACUCGCUACAAGGACCCAAUCCCUGAGGGUGUCUGCAUCUUCACUACCCUUGAUGAAGCUGCCAAAAUCCAACUGGCAAACCCGGCUGCCAGUUUGUAUCCUGUUAAUAAUGGCCACUAUAUAAAAAAUCCUGAUGGGACUGUCAUUGCUGUGGCAGCGGACGAAAUAUGUGAGGAACUCGACCACAGAAUCGCUGAGUUGGAUGCGAAGAUUGCAGCGGGCGAGCUGACAGAUUAG